AUAAAAUAUGAUUUUGGAUUUUGCAAGCCUGCAUUUCACAAUGGCAGAUAUUUACAGCAUUGCAAUAUAAAUCUAUGACAGAUUUUGAUCAAACACUAUGACAUGUUCAUGUUGAUGUCUUAUCGGCGGGCAAACCAGCGUUGACAACGCAAAGAUUUAUUACAGGUAUAAAGGAUCUUAACUGUAGCCUAAAAAUAUUCCUGUGGAAAUAACUCUGAAUCUUUGAAACUCAAAAUUGUAGAUUUAUGAAUGUGUUCGAUAAAAUUAAUAUUAAAACUUGAAUGACUUUAAUGAACGUUUGUACGCGUAUACAAUUUCAGCUUCUGUCGGAAGUGCUUUCAGCCUCUCUAUGGCAAGCUAUAUUCUCUUAGAGAUGAUACAUUGGCCGUUUGUCCGUCGUAAUGAACAAACUUCUCAAAGUUUCUUCUUAAAGAUUCAACAAUAAUUCUAGUACCAAAUAAGAAUAUCGGUAUAAAAGAAGCAAGUGGUUUUAGUGUACAUCGUCAGGUUUAACUUUGUUGCAUCACUUUGGAAAUGUCAUAUGAAAGCUUUUGUCGGAAGAUAUCUUGAUUAUACUACGUAUAAUCAAGAUAUCGUAAAAUAUAUUACGUUAUAUAUGCAGGAGGAUCGGUUGAUAGUAAAUAUGAUGCAUCGUCGACACAUAUAUGACGAGUAUAUAAAGACCAAUAGAUUGUCUUGAUACAAUCAUUCACCCAAAAGUAUCAUUUACGGAAAGAAUACGAUCGUCCGAUACAGUUAUACGAGUAAAGAAGCAUCUUGAACUGACGAGCAUCUUAUAAUGGAAACCGUCGAUGCCACCAAGAAUAAUGACAUUUACAAAUUGCUCUCUUUCGAGGAAGCAAAGGAGGUGGUGAAACGCGCCUUGAACAAUGACGCCGAUCUGAUAGAAUACGCUAUUCGACCAUACUCCGACGGCAAGCUCGGAUUUCUCGGCUCUCAUUAUCGGCUCGAUAUAAUAGCCACGAGGAAAAAGGAAACUGUCACUCUCCCAUUUUUUCUCAAGACCAUACCUUACCAAGUGCCCGAUCAAGCAGACUACGUGAUAAUGAGAGGUGUCUUCCAUAAAGAGACAAAAUUUUACAACGUCAUAAUGCCUUUGCUUCGUGAGGGAUAUCGUGGAGAACCGUGGGCACCAAUGUGCUACAAAGUGAAGAGCGAUUCGAUAGUCUUUGAGGAAUUGAGUGGAAAGGGCUAUUCGAUGCGAGGCAAACUAUUCGAUAAGACGCUCGUGUGUGCGGGUUUAAGCGCUUUCGCGCGAUUACAUGCCGCCUCCCUACUGGCGGAAACUCGCCUCGGCACAUCCUUUAACCAACUGUAUCCUGAAGUUUUCGUGGAGACAGCCUUCCUUCACGAUGGAUUGAUACGAGAAUGGUUCGAAUCAGGCGUCAACGUAGCCGCGGCCGUAGCCGAGCGAUUGGGGUACGAUCCUGACCUGAUAAGAUCGACCUGCGAGCAGGUGUAUCACGUUAUAAAACCUUCACGUACAAAAACGAACGUGAUUAGUCACGGAGAUCCCUGGAGCAACAAUCUUCUCUUCAAUAACGACAUACCACCUAAAUGCAUGUUGGUAGACUUCCAACUGUUAAGGUAUUCUCCGUUGGCGCAUGAUGUAGCACAGUUUUUGUACAUGUGCACGGACAGAAGUUUCCGAGAGACUUGGGAGAACGCGAUGUUACGUCAUUAUUAUGAUACGCUACGCGAGACUCUAAACAUUCACGAAACUCGCACGCAAAUACCCCCAUGGUCAGAGCUAAUCCAAGGCAUGGAGGAACAACGUUUAGGUGCCCUUAUCACCGCGUUACUCAACUUUCCUACGAUUCUAAUGGACGAGACUCAAAGUGCGCAGAUUGUAAGCGACCCGGCGUCUUAUGUCGAACAUUAUUUUCGGAAUAAAAACGAGUUCGUUCUCUCAUGCAUGGAGAAAGAUCCGGCUUACGGAAGAAGGAUCAACGAAGCUGUCAUCGAACUCGCUGAGCUCGCUUCGCGACUGGACCAAUUACCAAAACCAUCUUAAAAAAUUAUAUAUGUAUUUUACAUAUAAUUGAUUCAUAUUUAAAUUAAAUAUUUUAUUAAAGUUUCAUUAAA